UCCUCCUCCUCCUCCUCCUCCUCCUCCUCCUCACUGGUACCCGGACACACCGACCUGCCUCCGCGCUUUGUUGCAGCUCCUUAUCCAGCAGACGGACACACCGAGCACCGGGACGGACAGACGCACCGAGGAUGCAGCGGGGGCUCACGGACCGCUGGCUCCGGUAAACGAGCAGCAGCAGGAGCCUGGAAAUCACCGGCGGGAGGCGGCGGCGGAGGCGGCGGUGGGGGGGAUCUCGGGGACGCGGCCAUGGCGGCGGGAGGCGGCGGGAGGCGGCGGAGGAGGACGGCGGGGCUCCCGGGGCUGUGGAGGACCUGCUACGUCCCGCUUCUGCUCUGGGUGGUGUCGGUGUGCGGCGAGGAGAAGACCUUCAUCGUGGAGACGUGGCUGAAGAACUACGGUUACCUGCUUCCUCACGACGUGCGGACGUCCGACCUGCGGCAGGAGAAAGCCAUGCAGUCGGCCGUGGCAGCGAUGCAGCGCUUCUACGGCAUCCCAGUGACCGGAGUCCUGGACCAGACCACCAUCGAGUGGAUGCGGAGGCCUCGCUGUGGCGUUCCUGAUCAUCCUCACACCAGCCGGAGACAGAGGAACAAACGAUACGCUCUGACCGGACAGAGGUGGAGGGACAAGAAGAUCUCCUACAGCAUAUCGAACUUCACCCCUAAAGUUGGUGAGAAAGACACUCAGAGGGCGAUUCGACAAGCCUUCAACGUCUGGCAGACAGUCACUCCGCUCUCCUUCCAGGAGGUUCCGUACUCGGAGAUCAAGAACGAGGGCAAAGAGGCCGACAUCAUGAUCUUCUUCGCCUCCGGUUUCCACGGCGACAGCUCCCCGUUUGACGGCGAGGGCGGCUUCCUGGCCCAUGCCUACUUCCCCGGCGCCGGCAUCGGAGGCGACACGCACUUCGACUCGGACGAGCCGUGGACGCUCGGCAACGCCAACCACGACGGUAACGACCUGUUCCUGGUGGCCGUCCAUGAGCUGGGCCACGCUCUGGGUCUGGAACACUCCAACGACCCCAGCGCCAUCAUGGCUCCCUUCUACCAGUACAUGGACACGCACAACUUCAAGCUGCCGCUGGACGACCUGCAGGGCAUCCAGAAGAUCUACGGUAUCCCCACGGCCAUGCUGGAGCCCACCAGACCGCUGCCCACCCUCCCCUCCAGACGAACACACUCCACCUCCGAGAGGAAACACGACCGACACUCCCGUCCGGCUCGGCCGCCCGGCGACCGGCCGGCGCUGCCCGGCAACGGAAAACCCAACAUCUGCGACGGCAACUUCAACACGGUGGCCUUCUUCAGGAGGGAGAUGUUCGUCUUCAAGGAUCGCUGGUUCUGGCGUCUGAGGAACAACAAGGUCCAGGAGGGUUAUCCGAUGCAGAUCGACCAGUUCUGGAAAGGCCUUCCGCCUCGAAUCGACGCCGCCUACGAGAGAUCUGACGGCAAAUUCGUCUUCUUCAAAGGUGAUAAGUACUGGGUGUUUAAGGAGGUCACUGCUGAGCCCGGCUACCCUCACAGUCUGGUGGAACUGGGCAGCUGCCUCCCUAAAGACGGCAUCGACACGGCGCUUCGCUGGGAACCCGUCGGGAAAACCUACUUCUUCAAAGGCGACCAGUACUGGAGGUACAACGAGGAGAAACGAACGGCCGACCCCGGAUACCCCAAACCCAUCGCUGUGUGGAAGGGAAUCCCAGACGGACCGCAGGGAGCCUUCAUCAGCAGGGAGGGAUACUACACCUACUUCUACAAGGGGAAGGAAUACUGGAAGUUCGACAACCAGAAGCUGACGGUGGAACCUGGAUACCCCAAGUCCAUCCUGCGUGACUGGAUGGGCUGCGACCAGUCCGACAUGGAGCGCUCUGGCGGCAAUGGUAACCGCGGCGACCGACAGCUGCCCCUGGACGACGUGGACAUCAUGGUGACCAUCAACGACGUCCCGACGACCGUCAACGCCAUCGCCGUGGUGAUCCCCUGCAUCCUGUCGCUGUGCAUACUGGUGCUGGUUUACACCAUCUUCCAGUUCAAGAACAAAGGCGUCCAGCAGAGCGCCAUGACGCAGCACUACUACAAAUACCCGGUGCAGGAGUGGGUAUGACAGUCAACCGCUCCAAGCUCAUGGAUUUACAGGGGUUCAAGCUCUUUGCUAGCUAGCUAACGUUGGCUAAUGUCCUAACAUGCUGGCUGAAAGAUGCUAAUUGUGCUAGCUAGUGAAUGCUAUAGAUGGGCGCAGAGUGAAAAAAGCUCUACAGGAGUAGAUUAAGACUUUUGUUUGUGAGUGGAAGAGGUUUGUGUCGGCCUUAUGACACAUUUCAAUGUUUAAAGACGUUUAAAAAGAGGAUCUGAAAGACAAAAAAACACACCUUCCCUGAUCUGAUGAGGGAACAAGAACUUUCUUCUGGGACCUAAAACUCACUGCUCUCCUUCUCAGUGAAACAAAAAGAAAGAAAAAUAGGAUUCAGAGAAGAAAAGAAUUCGCUCCUCUAAGCCAGAAACCACCUCCAAGUUUGUUGUGACGACAACUUGAACUGCUUCAAGUCAAAUUCAACGACAAAAAAAAGAAAAGAUACAGUUUAAAAAUAUCAAACUUGAAGAUCAAAUAUAGGUAGAAAGGCCAUAACUAAAAAAAAAUACCCAAGGAUCUCUCUUUGGAUCGAUGAUUUUUUACUAAGUUUAUUUUUAGUUGAGAUGUAAAACUGUCAAAGAGGACCUUUUUCUCUCUUUUUCCACACAAACACUCAUCACCAUCAACUAUGUCGACUUCCUUCAGCUCGUCACACAAACACACACAAAAAGAUGCGUUGAUUUACACAACUCUGCUGGAUUUUUGCAGAUGUAGAAUAGAGAGUCGUUGGCGUAUGAUAGAAUAGAACAACAACAGCCUUAUUUAUGUCAAAAUGUUUGCUGCGCACAAGCAGGGCAGGUGAUUAUUGGGAUAAAAGUGAAAAUCUUUCACUUUUCGUCCUAAUCAUAAGUAUACGGGAGCUCCAGAUGUGUCUUUAGUUAGUUAAAAGUAUAUCCUUGAUGACUGUAGUUUAGAAACACACCUGAUGCGACUUCUUUUUAGUGAUUGUACUGAAUAUAAAUGGUCAUGAAGUGGUUGUAAAUCAGAAAAAAAAGACAUUUUACUUGAACGUUGUUUCUUGUUUGGCAUGUAGCAGUGGUGAAAGCCACAACAGACAGCUGGUCUUUAUUUAUACUUUUUCUACCAGCAGCUGAAUUUCUUGCAGUAGAAUUUAAAUAUAUAUGGGACUGUUGCUAAUUAUUACCAGAGAGAAGAAAGGUUUAACAGAAAUAGAAAGUCUUUUAAAAUGUUUAUGCAGAGAAACAUAUCACAGGGUAGGAACAGUAAAGUAUCGUCUCUGAGCUGCUCUGAAAUGUUUUAUUAAAAGUGUUAUCUUAGAGAUUUAGUAAACAGGUAGCCGGACUGGUUUAUUUUUGUUCCUUGACGCUCAUCUUUGUAUUUUUGUCUAUGAGGAGGAGUUAUAAGAUGUUUCCCCAGAUAGUUUAUGGAUUAUUGGUUUUCAAACGGCACCAAAACUGCAAACUUUUUCUGUUUUAACCCUCUUCUGCCGGCGUCUACAGUUUGUUUACAUGUGAAUUUAGACGCCUACUAACCAGAAGUAAGAACUGUACCGUGCAAAUGCAGCUUUACAAGUUAUUGCCGACUUAUUAGCUACAAAUAUUAGAAGUUUAGCAGUUCAUUCAAACAUCUUUCUAAAAGCCAGUGUGCCACUAGUGUGCGUUAAAGGGCAUAUAAAGGCAUUAAAAACUCAUAUUUUCAACUCUAAAGGUUGUUUACUAAAACAGAAACAAGAAUUUUCAUCUUGCAUAUACGCCAAUGAAAAUCUUAACUAUGUUUACAGGAACAAACAUCUUAGCUUCUCUGUUUCCGUUGCAGUGUUGCAUUAGCUUCAGUGUUAGUGCAGGAAACCAAAGGUAGUUAAUGGAUGUUGUUGAUGUUACAAAGAAUGUGUUAAUUAACUGGAAAGAGUCCAAGAGUUUGGUUUUAAACCUAAACAUUUAGCCGAGAAAUAUCUGGAAUAUCUGCUGAUUAACCCCAUAAACUCCACAAGGACGUCUUUAUUGCUAGUUCCAUAUCUUUCAGUUUGUACGUUACACCAGUAAACAUGGAGAUUUUUGGUAUAUUUGCAGAAAUAUUGGACGUAUUUUGCUCAUGAGCAGAUUAAAUAAAACAGUGUCCAAAAUCUGAAUGUCGGAUGUACGUCAAAAGUUACAAGUAAAUAAACAGAAACACAGGUUUAAACUACAGAUUCCAAAAAUCCACGCUGGUGUUUCUGCAUCACUCAAGCUAGGCUAGUUGGCUUUUAGCUUUUCUUUCUACAGUCAGCAGUGAUUUAAAAUAUAGCUUUUGUCUAAUUUAUGUUGUGUUAGAAACUCAGUUAUUCAGGCAUAUAAUCAAAAUUAAUUUCAAAAAUUGAAGAAACAGGAAAGUUUUGGUAAAUCAGGUUUAGCUAAAUCUAUCUUACUAGCUAGCUUUAUCUAGCCGGAGUCACUGCAUUGGAUAUUCUUCUGUUUUGUCUCAAAACUCAAAAAAAUCUGAUACUGUAAUCUAUUUAGAUAAAUUAUCACAUCACGUGAUUUAACCACACUAGUUAGCUUCAUUCCUAUAGUGUGAUUUAAGAUUUAGUUUUUGUCAAAAAAUAUCUGAAACAGGUUGAUAAAUUAGGUUUAGCUAAAUCUGUCUCAAGAGCUAGCCUGAAUUAGCCUUAGCGGGAGUCACUGAGUUUUCAUCUUGCAUAUAUGCCAAUGAAAAUCUUAACUAUGUUUACAGAAUCAGACAUCUUAGCUUCUCUGUUUCCGUUGCUAUGUUGGAUUAGCUUUAAUGUUAGCGCUGAAAACCAACAGUAGUUACUGGAUGUUGUUGAUGUUUCAAAGGAGAAGCUGCUACUCUGCAAAAAAAAAAAAAACAUUGGAAAAGCAGAAAAAUUAGGCUUUUUGCUUGAGUUUAACCCAUUAAACUCGAACUCCGCACAGCACCUUUAGCAGUUUUAGCGGUUUUAGUGGUAGUUUUCUGUUUUCAUCUGGAACUAAACACUACUUUGCUAAGCUAGGCUAGGUACCAUUUAGCUAGUUAGCUUUUCUUCCUUUUGGCAGUUAGAUGAAGAAGCACAGCAGUUUUAGCGGUUCUAGCGGCAGAUUCCUGUUCUCUGGCCCCGAAAGAGGUCCUACCUGGGUGGACCUUCCAGUUUGCAGUGGAAAACAGCUGAUUGAUCCACAUGGUCUCUGCAGUUUGAGCCCUGAACUGAGGCUCUGUGAUGUUCACACGCUGAUUUAUUAGGCUUUAAAUGGAAAAUCAGCUGCUGCAGAACGGGGUUAAACCAGAACCUGAAACCAGGAGACAGGCUGCUAACACCAAAAGUUUUGGUGUGCUAUACUUCUGUUUACAUAUUUGCAGUUGGUUGUGUCUACGUUAUUUCUAGGAGACUAAUUCUUGACAUGCUGAAGGGAAAAGGGGAAGUAAAGUGUCCUGAAUGGAGGCGGAUGAGGUCUGUAUUAGUAUUCUGGCUGCAGCUCAGCCACAUCCAGCAGCUUAAUGAAGUUUUUCUGCUCUCAGCUCCAACGGCAGCAACUCGUCCUGAACAUCCGUCGCUUUAAUCCACCGUCCGUCUCCGUUUGAUCUUUAACCCAAACCUCCUCGGUCCAUCUGUGUCCGCUGACCUCCACUUCCUCUUCAGGUUGGACGUCCAUCUGUAGCUCCGCUUGCUCAACAAACUUCUUUGUGCUCUGAUUCGGAGUGAGUAGGUCUCAGUACUUGGCUCUGAAUGGUCGUUUUUGCUCCUCAGCAGGGGUCAGGAAUCAUCAUGUGAAUGUUGUCUGCAUUUUGUGAGUCGAAUUUGAAGUUGUUUGCAUUGAUUUAAUGAUUUAAAGAAACAUGGUCUCAAACUAAAAUGUGUAAUUUGGUCCUGAACACAAACAUCUGUUUACAAAAAGCCUUAAAACUGUGAGAGUUUUGCUUUUUCUUCCUCCACGUCGCCUGAUUUGCAAACGUAUAGAAAGAGUAACAAAGUCCAGAUAAUGAGAAUUCAUCAACCACAGGACUCUUACCAAAGCAAGACAAAACGACCGAAACACGACGCAAAACGACCACAACAAGACGCAAAACGACCACAAAAAGACACAAAAGGAGCACAAGACGCAAUGUGACCAAAACAAGAUGCAAAAUGACCAAAACACAAUGCAAAAUGACCAAAACAAGAUGCAAAACGGCCACAACGCGCAAAACGACCACAACAUGACCCAAAAUGACCUAAACACGACCCAAGACAAGACGCAAAAGGACCACAACAAGAUGCAAACGACCAAGACAUGACGCAAAACAACCACAAGACGUAAAACGACCAAGACAAGACGCAAAACGACCACAACAAGACAAAACGACCACAAGACAAAACGACCACAAGACAGAACAACCAAAACGACCUUACAAUUUUACAGCCUUUUCUUUCUGAAAACAGUGCUUUUUCCCCACUGUGGAAUGACAAAACUGUUAGAUAUUUUGGUUUGAGAUUUGGCCUCCAGUGGUUUUGGUGCUGCUGCUUUGUGAAGCUUUGGCAGAAAGUUUUAUUCUUGUGGACGGAGUGACGCUGCUCAAACACGCCGAUUCUGUUCCAGAACAUCACUGCAGCUUUAUUUAAAUGCUGUUAACUUCCCAACAUGACAGUUUUCGGACCUCAAAACUCCUGCUGGGACAGUUGAAGACCUUUCUGGAGGCGUUUUAAACAACCUCCCUGCUCCGUCCUGAUUCCGUCCAUGUAUCCUUGCAGACAGUAAUCACUCCAGACCAUCUUUCCACCUCAUUUUAAGCCUCCUAUAGAUGGAACACACUGAAGAGGCUGUAUACCGUCCAGCCUCCUUCACAUAUCACUCCCUCCUCCUCCUUCUUGUUCUCAUUUGUCGGCUUUGUACCUCCGCCGUCCUGAGGUAAUUGAAUGUGUUUUCACUGCGUAUCCUCACAAUUACCUGCCGCUGUCGAGAGCAAUUCAGCACACGCAGCAUUUGGCGGAAAUCGAUGGCGUUCAAUAUCCCGCGGUGCUGUUUAGACUCGACGGGGAAAAGGCUUGUUCCUCGAGGGUUGUUCAAUAAACACAGAACAAGACGUUCUGCAGAAAUCCAAAGGAAAGAAAAAUGAAAAAUAAAUACCUCCUGGACCAAACUUUCUCUAUGUGUCUGAUGGUUUUUGGACGGAGAUGCUCGACUGAAGGGAGCGAAGCUGAAAAGGAGGUCAGAACUGCUGUGUUAAUUAACCGUAAAGACUCCCGGAGUUUGGUUUUAAACCCAAACAUUUAGCAGAGAAAUAUCUGGAAUAUCUGCUGGUUAACCCCAUAAACUCCCCGAGGACACCUUUAUUUCAAGUUCCAUUUAAUUCAGUUACCAUGCUACAUCGGUAAACGUGGACAUCAUUGGUAUAUUUGUGGAAAUAUUUUACACUGUAUUUUGCACAAGAGUAGCUUAAACAAACGGCAUCCAAAAUCGAAAUGUUAAAAGUUAUAAAUAAAUAAUCAGAAACACAGGUUUAAACUACAGAUUCCAAAAAUCCACGCUGGUGUUUCUGUAUCACUGAAGCUAGGCUAGUUAGCUUAUAGCUUUUCUUUCUAUAGUCGGCUGUGAUUUCAAAUAGAGCUUUUGUCUAAUUUACAGUCAGUAGUAGGUAAGAAACUCAGUCCAUGUUGAGUAAAGAGCUUCUAAUGCUGGUUUUUAACGGCGUUCUGGUUGGUUUCUUUAUUUUUUUAGGCUCCUGAAAUGCAGAUGUUGCUUUAACAGGGAAUGAUUCCCGCCUGGCUUCACUGAGAGAGAACAGAAUCGAUGCGUUCAAAGUGUCUUUGUGGAACCAGCCCUUGUUCUCAGAUCAUCUUUACCAUGUUAGCGGAUGGAUGAAGGAUAUUUUAUGGAGGUUUUUACCAUUUAAGCAGCAAGUUCAGCUAAUGGAGCACUAAACAGAUGGCGAUUUAUUAAAUUUUAUCUGAAAGAAAAGUGUUUAAAUCAUGUAAAUGUUCAUCACUUUAACCUUCUGGGAGAAAAUAACCUGAAGGUGUGUAAAUAUAUGUAGUGGGAUUUCCAGCAGAUAGCAGUUUACUUCAGCAGAUGUCUGUUUGUGGAAAAGAUCGAAGGUACUUGAAGAAAACAUUCUGUAGUGUUUGCAUUGUUCAUAUUACUUAUGGAACACAUAAAGAUAAAUAUACGUACAUGGAACUUUUAGCGGACGCCGUCUGUCCACAGAUCUUUAUUUAUUCAGCUCGGAGGGCGAAGGGUCCUCUGGAAAUUUGCCUCUUUUAUGGAUUUUGCAUCAGACCUGAGAUAAACUGGAGCUGAACUGAUGUUUUGGAUUUUUCUGCCACAUCUCGAUCCUCGUCUUUCCUCCCAUCUGGACGUUUGUUUCCCGUCCGUCCUCUUGGUCGAAGGAUGGUUGCCACUGUGCCGGCAGAUCAGUCCGUUUAAAGAAAGGAAUGAGCUCGGUGCCACUUUGUCUCCGGUCUGGCAACAUUCUUGUGGCUUCGGACAACAGCGAGUUGCCUUUAAAGGUCGACUCGGGCGUCUGAAAUCGCCACUCGCUAACAGGAAGUCGACUGCCAGAGACGACACAUCAAACAGGAAGUUCAAAACCUGCGGGAAACGCAACAAAACUUAGAGAACGGAACUUUUCUUGAAGGCAAAAGGUUCCAUAACUUCCUAAAAUAAACUCUAACAUGUCAUUAGAUCAUCAGAUUAACUUAAUUUCACAAAAACAUUCGUCAUGUCUUCUUAUUGAUGUUGAUUACCUCAACAUCUAUCUCUUCACUUUAUGUCUGAACAAAACAAGUCAAAACUACUGUAAUGUGAUUUCAGCAAAUUCAACCAAAACAAAGAACCUGACAUGAGUUUCAGCUGAGGUCAGCAGAGUUCUGGUGUUUUAAUUACAUGCAGGGCAGCUGGUUUUCUGUAUUUAAUGAUGUUUUUAUGUUGCAAGGCACCACAUGAGGUAGAAAAAUAGAUUAAAAAACACAGAAAAUCGAUAUUUUUUCUACUGAAUCACCAGCUCCUCACCGCAGGAAGCUGCUCAAAAUUCACCAAACAACAGUCGGUCUCUUGUGGUUUCAUCUAAUGAUUCUAUGAAGCUUUUCUCACAUUAAUGUUCUGCAGAACAUUCAAUGAUAUAAUAAUGAUUAUACAAGUCUUUUAUACAUUCAGGGCAUCUUUAAGUGCUUCACAUCAAACUGGAUGAUAAAAAAUUUAAAGAAAUUAAAGUAAUAAAUCACAAAAAAUACCAGGAAACGGCAGAAUCAAUCAGAGUGUACAUGAACUUAGUUUAUUUUGGUGGUUUUCAAUAUUUGCAGCUUAAAUUAACACGUAAAUAAACUAGAAAUAAAUAGACAUAAACAGUGAUGAAUGAAAAAACAAAGCAAGUUUGUACAACUGACAUCUACAGAUAUCACUUUGGUCUUAAAAAAUUCAGUUUCUUCUGAUUUAAAAUGUUUUUUAAAUCCAUUAAACAGGGAAAAAUAGGUUAAUUAGGUUUAGCUGAAUCUGUCUUACUAGCUAGCUUUAGCUAGCAGGAGUCAUUUUUGCGUCCUGUGAAGUUUUACUGGUUUAUUUUUUCUCAAAAUUUACACAUUUGUAUGGUGAAAUAUUUUUAGAUAAGUCAUCAAUAAAUUAAGUGAUUUAUAAGAAGUUUAACUAUAUUAAAAUACAUGAAAUUCUUUAGAGAUGAAAACUCUGCUAAACUAAGGUAGUUAGCAUUUAGCAUGUUAGCUUUUCUUUAUACAGUAUGAUUUAAAUAGCUUUUGUCAAAUUUAUGCUAAUUUAUGUUGAACAUUGAGGCAUCCAAACAGAUAUUUACACUUUAUGAAACAGGAAAAGGGGGUCAAAUUAAGCUAAAUCUGUGUUGCUAGCUAGCCUUAACUAGCCUUUGCUAGAGUCACUGCAGUGUGAUUUUUACGUCUUGUACUUGUGAAGUUUUACUGAUUUAUAUCUAUAAUAUUAUAUUAGAUAUAAUACUCUUACACAAAUCAUAAUGACAUUAUUUGAUUUACAGACAGUUAACCAUUUUAACUCACUAUGCUGCUAAGCUAGGCUAGUUACCAUUUAGUUUGUAGCUUACAGUAUAUAGCUGCUGUCAAAUUUAUGGUAAUUUAUUUUUCAUAUUCAGGCAUCCAAACAGAUAUUUAAUUUUAUGAAACAUGAAAAGCUAAAUUACGCUAAAUCUGUCUUAGUAGCUGGCCUUAACUAGCCAUAGCUAGAGUCACUGCUGUGUGAUUUUUUUACCUCUUUUCUGUUGUACUUGGAAACUUUUACUGUUUUAUAAUAAUACAUAUAUAAUACUAUACUAUAUAUACACAAAUCAUGACUGCAUUAUUUGGUUUAAAAACAGUUUAACCACUUUAACUCACUAUGCUGCUAAGCUAGGCUAGUUAGCAUUUAGCUAGUUAGCUUAGUACGAUUUAUGUAGCUUUUGUCAAACUUAUGCUAAUUUAUGUGGUGUAAAAAAUAAGACUUUAAUAUUAAGGCGUCCAAACACGUGUUUACAUUUUAUGAAACAGAAGAAAUUAAAUUAGGAUAAAUCUGUUUUGCUAGCCAGCCUUAACUAGCCUUAGCUAGAGUCACUGAAGUUUGAUUUUUACUUCUGUUCUCUUGUAUUUGUGAAGUUUUACUGUUUUAUAAUAUAUAUAAUACUAUACUAUAUAUAUUAUAAUACUUUUAUACAAAUCAGAAUUGCAUUAUUUGAUUUAAAAGCAGUUCAACCACUUUAACUUAAUAUGCUGCUAAGCUAGGCUAGUUAGCGUUAGCUUGUCCGUUUUUCUUUCUACAGCAUAACUACAGAUAUGUGUAAUUUGUGGUGAUAUAUAUGACAGAGGAAACUUUAAUUACUCCAGUAUUCCUCAUCAAAACUAAUGUUUUUGUUAUUUUUUUAAAAAUAAAUCUGUUUUAGGAAACGAUGGAACCUUCACAAUAAAACGUCAUGUUUGUCUUCAGGUAAAGUUUAUGCAGCUGUUGCACCGUAAAUGUCAAGAAAAAUAAGAUGUGUUUAUGUUAAACAUCACUAAACUCUCAUUUCCAGCCAGAAAAAUUAGAUAAUUCCACCUUAAAUCGCUGGCAGACGUCUGGAUGUUGGCCGAGUGGCUCUGAGUGUCCGAGUCGUCCUUUAACCUGUUAUUGCCUUUAGUUUCUAACGUUCUCUUAAAAACACUGCGUAGGAGAUAAAACAUAUCAGAGGUAGUCUGGCAGACGUUUAGAAAACAUCGCAGCUCGGACUUUUAACAGAAAUAGCUUUAAGAGAGAUUCAGUUCCUUUUUCUUAUGGAGAAAAAGACGUUUUCUGUAAAUAAAAUUUCACUUUGGUUCCUUUAGUUUUGGGUUUUUUGACUAAGUGGGUUGAUUAUAAAAUCAAAAUGAAAAAAAACCUGCAGAUCGAUGCACCGUUUGGUUUUUACCUGCUCGUGUAAAUAAAAUUAAAGCUUUUGGAGAAGUUUUGUAUUUUUGUUUCCGUCUUAUUUAAUCAUCGUUUGCACUCGACGUCGGACCAUUUUUAUGAAGAUGCUUCUAAUUAAUAAACACGUUUAUGUUAAAGAACCGAGAUUAUCCAGUUUAUUUCUGAUCAGAUGAAGUUUUAUUAUUUAAAAUGUGACAAAGAUCUGAUCUUUGUUCUGUCUCACACCGAUUCUAUACCGAUGACACAAUGUUCUGUUCAUGAAAUGUCAAUAAAAGUGAAAACUUGAUUGUC